GGGCGGGACACAAGAGAGAAGGAUCCGCUGUGAGCGCCAAUGGGAAGGGAGAAGAGGGGCGGUUCAGCCAAUGGCAGGGCGCGGAGGGCGGGGCCUCAGUGGGCGGGGCUACCGUAGCCGGCAGCCGGCGUCUCCGGGAGGCGGCAAAGGUGUGGGCAGAGGGGAAGGAGAUGUUCCUCGUCACCGCGCUGGAAGCGGGAUGACCCUCGCGUCUAUGGCGACAGAGCCCGAGCUGAAAUGGAUAACGCUGUGGGUCCGCGCCAGGUGGGCGGCCGUGCUCGCGCUCCUGCUGGGCUCGCUGCUGAUGCUGCUGCUCCCGCAGGCUGCCGUGGACGACCAGUGCCACGCAGCGCUCCGAGGACUCUCCUUCCUGAAGAGUAAACUGGGCACGGGCUCCUCAGGCGUCACCAGAUACACGGGACAAAGCACUGGACUGAGCGUCACCUCCAAUGGGCUGGAGCUGCUGGUGCUCAAAGGCAAAGCCUCCCCAGAAGUGAAGUUAGAAGCCAAAGCAGCUCUGAAUCAAGCUCUCGAAAUGAAGUGCCAAGGGAAACGGGAGAAGGCCCACAAACUCUUUGUGUACGCCCUCAAAAUGGACCCCGAUUACGUGGAUGCCCUGAAUGAAUUUGGUAUUUUUUCUGAAGAGGAAAAAGACAUUAUUCAAGCGGACUACUUGUACUCCAAAGCACUAACCAUUUCUCCCUGCAACGAGAAAGCUUUGAUCAAUCGGGGCCGGACGCUACCCUUAGUCGAAGAGAUAGAUCAGAGGUAUUUCAGCAUUAUCGACAGCAAGGUGAAAAAAGUGAUGGCGAUCCCUAAAGGCAACUCCGCCCUGCGUCGCGUGAUGGAGGAGUCCUACUAUCACCACAUCUACCACACAGUCGCUAUUGAAGGGAACACCCUGACGCUGUCGGAAAUACGACACAUCAUCGAGACCAGAUACGCCGUUCCUGGAAAAAGCUUAGUGGAGCAGAACGAGGUGAUUGGCAUGCACGCGGCUCUGAAAUACAUCAACACCACGCUGGUGUCGCGGAUCGGCUCCAUCACCAUCGGUGACAUCCUGGAGAUACACCGCAGGGUGCUGGGCUACGCCGACCCCGUGGAGGCGGGACGGUUCCGGACUACUCAGGUGUUUGUAGGACAUCACAUACCGCCACAUCCCCAGGACGUUGAGAAACAGAUGCAGGAGUUUGUGCAGUGGAUUAACUCAGAAGACGCCAUGAGCUUGCACCCGGUGGAGUUUGCAGCGUUAGCCCACUACAAGCUGGUUUACAUCCAUCCCUUUGUAGAUGGCAACGGCAGGACCUCGCGCCUCUUCAUGAACCUCAUCCUGAUGCAGGCGGGUUACCCGCCCAUCACCAUCCGCAAGGAGCAACGGGCCGAGUAUUAUCACGUCUUGGACGUCGCCAACGAGGGGGACGUGAGGCCUUUCAUACGCUUCAUUGCCAAGUGUACCGAGACAACACUGGACAUGCUGCUCAUCGCCACUACAGAAUACUCCGUGGGCUUACCUGAAGCAGAUGGCGGCACCGCCGGAUGCAAACAAACCAUCCCCGUCAAGACUUGAGAGUUGUGGACAUUCAGAAGCCAAGGAACGCGUGGGAGAACAGAAGGCCAAGCCACUCAGUGUUCCUGAAAUAACUCAACAGGAGGUGUCACUCUUCAGCAUUUCAUUUAUUUAAAAAGUGUCUUACAUUUGAUUAAUUUAAUUUAUUUAUAUACAUUAUGCCAAGCUCAAAUGUGAACUGUUCAUGUUGAGUGUGCACUAUAACUUGCUUGUGCUACUGGAAGGAGGUGGGGUAAGGUGAAGUAGAAUUUAAUUUCCCUUUAAAAUUAAGCUUUAGGAAGCCGCUUCAAUCACAACCCAGCAACUGCGUUGUCUUACCUCAAGGAGCUGCUCAGUGACACAGUCUUCACUGAGUUGUUGCUUUUGUGUUCCCUCUUCCCUCUUGUUCAAACAAACAAAAACCACCCAAAACACAGCGCCGGCAGUACCAGCGCUCCCAGCUGUGUUAAUCAGGCUCUUUCCUGCCAGUCACACCAGUUUGGCAGCACAGGGCAGGACAGAGCUGAGCUCCAGUUCAAAGUCGUCUCUCCCCUCCCAGCGCAGUUCAGUAGCACUUUGCACAUUUACUUUCAGUUGCCUUUCCUCAGGUGGGUUUUGUGCAAUGAGUGGGAAGUAUUUGGUUUAAGAUUACAGACUCUGUGAGGGGAACAAGAGCAGAAAUGCUCCCUGGCUUAUUCCACUGACCUGCGAGGUGCUUUUGUACUUCAGCCAGAAGGACUUUGCCUCAGACCCCACUCUGCUGAGCAGGAUCCCUGGGAAAACUGCAGCUGCCCUUCAACAUGUCAGUUCAGGCUUUGAAAAGAGCUUAUUUCUGCAAAGCUGUGGGCAGAAGGAGUUGUUAUACUUAAUUGUGAGACAACUGUUACAGGUUGUGUCAAUUUGGGAAGAACAUAUACAGCAAGUUUGCAGAAAAAAGAGUAAGUUUCUUCAGUCUAUAGGAAAGAACUUUUAAUAAUUAAUUACUAGGUCACAUUAUUACUGGGAUAAAUGUGUCAAGAAUCACACGAGGCCUCUUUGUGCUGCAGUGGCAGUUAGUGUCCCCCCUGGGAGCUGCUGUGCAAUUCAAAAAUGCAGGGUUUAAGGUAAAAACAGCUGCAGCUGAAGACACACCAGCUCCCUGCACCCCUGCCUGCCAGCUGUGCAUCGCUGAUCCCACCGCCUGAGCUCAGAAAACUUCAAUUCGAUCCAGUUUACUGCUGUUAAGCUUAAACCCUUUGCAAAAAGGGUUCAGACUGUCCCAGACCAGUGUUAAGUUUCUUCCCUUCUAACUGUCACCUGCAAGGUAAUUAGGACAUGUUUUACACAGGAAAACAAUAGGACAGGACUGGGAGUUACACAUUUACUGCAGCACCACUCCAUGCUUAUGUACAAACACUAAAUGAGGAAUGUUGUUCUGGCCUUACAGAGCUUAUUUUUGUAGUGCAAGGUAAGUAUAAAUGAAGUCUGCACUUUAGAGCUCAGGAGGGGGGAAAAAAAGUUAUUUUAGUAAGAGAUUAAUAAACUAUUUUAAUAUUAAA